ACCGUCUGGCACGCCUCCGCUCCGCCGAAGCGAAGCACGGGACGGGAUCCAUCUCCGGCGGCCAACCCGUAUUCGUCCCUCGUCCUCCUCUGCUCCUCGCCUCCUCCCCUCCCUCGAAGGCCGGCCGGCGCAGGGCGGGAGAUCGAUCCGAACUUGGAGUUGAGUCGGCUCCUUCUUCUGCUGGGUACCAUGAGGAGGUUGGUGUUGACCGCCCUCGUCGCGAGGGGGCUCGUCAGGUCGUGCCGCGCGCCGACGACAGCUGCUGUGUCACAACCAGCUUUUCAGCAGUUUAUGAACUACUCGUCAGGACAUGGUGGUGAUCCUAAUGCAAACGGGGAUUCGACUGUAACACGAAUAGCUAUUGACCGUGAUACACAUCAAGAUUUCAAACCAACGAGCAAAAAUUUGGACACGUCUUUGCAUGACAUUGUUGCUCAGGAUAUCAGAGAGAACCCAGUCUUGAUCUAUAUGAAGGGUUUCCCUGAGUCUCCAAUGUGUGGCUUCAGUGCACUGGCAGUCAAAGUCUUCCAGCAAUAUGAUGUCCCUAUCUGUGGUAGAGAUAUUCUGGGAGAUCUCAGGCUCAAAGAGGCUGUUAAAGCCCACACUAACUGGCCUACGUUUCCACAAAUAUUUAUCAAAGGAGAGUUUGUUGGGGGAUCUGACAUCAUACUAAGCAUGCACCAGAAGGGGGAACUAAAGGAUCUGCUUGGAGACAUCACACAAAGAGAUGGACAAAAGGCGGAUGCUAACUAGCCAUGAAGCAAUCCACGUUACAUUGUUUUUCACAGAAUAUUAUUCUCUUAGACAAUCCUUUGGUGACUUUUGCAUGCUGUGUUCUUUGCAGCUCUGGUCCCAGGUUUGGUUGAUCUGGCUUUCUGACUGAGGCAAUCAUGAUCAUGUCCAGGAGUGCACCAAGUUCUCUGUCAGAAACUCAGAAUGAAUAAUGCCACUACGCAAUGCCAUUAUUUUUGUGCAUUGCAUAUGGAGCUUGAGUUCCAGGAUACAUAGGUUGCAUUACACUGCCCAUGUUUUGUAAUUCAAAUGAACCUGCAAUAACAAGUGGUAAGGCUGUAAAAUGCUUAGGGAUACCUGUUUUUGUUCAAUAUAUUUACUUGGUGCUGUUUGCGAAAACAUGUCAGUUCCGCCACCA